GCCAUUUUGGCUCAAGUUCGAAACGCGCGGCCUGGCGCUUCGAGCUUGGUCGCAGCUGAAGGCCUGGCUCGAGGGCUGCUGCCCUUCCAGGAACGCUCAGCUUGACUUCAGGCAACAACAUCCCCAGUCUCACGCACCCGCGGAUGGCGCAUGAGGCAGCUCCCGAGUGGGCUCGUUCGAUUCUGGCUUCGGUGACGGGCAUCGACGCAAAGCUCUCGUCGUUCCAGGUCGAGAUCACGGCGUCUGUCACGGAGAUGCGCUCGGACUACGGCCAGCUAGCCGCGAGGAUGGACAUCUUGGAGGCGAGCAUGGAGCAGUAUCAGUCGAGUGAGGACGUCAUGGCCGACAUUUCUGCGGAGGCUGAACGUCAGGUAAGGAUGCAGAAGCUCGAGUCCAUGGUCCAGAAGCUAGAGAGCCAGAUCAACGACACGCCAGCUGACGGCCACGCUCCGACGAGCGGCGGAAGUGGUACGUCUCACCGCUGCAUGCCCACUCACUCGCAGACAUCAGUGGUGAUCACAGCGUUCGACCUCAAUAGGAAGGCGAUAUUCGAGUUCAACUCAGCAUCGGCAGCGUCGGAUUUCCUUAGCAAUUUCCAGAAGAUCGAAGGCGAGCUUCAGUUUCCCGGCCCCAAAGGCGGACAUUUCGUGCUCAAAGUCCGCAGAGACCUCAAGGUCAAAGAUCGUCGUCUUUUCCUCGCAAUGGGCAAGCUCAGACAGAAGCUCGAGGCACUGCUCAAUGGCAGGUUCACGGUUGGCUCGAACGGACUCGGUGGCGACGUCUACAUUCUGCGAGGUGAGGAGGACCCUGUUCAGUGUGCACACGUGACGGUCCUUGAAGGGGUGAAUGAUGUCCAGGUUGAAUUCACUGACUCCACUUUGACGGAGUUUGGCAUUCUGGCGGACAAAGCCAGCCUGAUGGAUGCGGCUCAG